AUGUAUUCAAAACGUCUAAAGCUUAUAUCAAACAACCUAUGCACGAUUCUUAUAGCAAACAAGACGACAAAACAGUAUGUAUCUGGAGUAUACGACAUGAUCAAUAUUCCUUGUUGGAAAACUGUGCAACAUACCCAACCAACAACGUUGAUACAUCACACCAUGCACUAAUCAGCAGCGAUGGACUUUUAUAUUUAAAACCCCGCGCUAAUUUCUGUAAUGGACCUGAAACAAUCAUGAAAUGUCAUCACUCAGGCAGAUAUGGCAUAUGGAUGAUCGGCAAAACGUCAACUGGAUUUGUAUACAUUUUCUUGCAACUACCACCAACAUUUCGAAUUUAUCGACAAGAGGAAUCAAAACAGCAAC